AUGUGUCCUUCAGGAAUCAAUGACUUUCCCAUGACAAACUCCAGCCAUAUAAAGGAAGGAUUACAUGUGCUGGCAAAAUACAAAAGACCAUUGCUUGUACAUGCUGAGGUUCAACAAGAGUUAGGAGGUGACUUGGAAAUGAUAAAUGGUGCUGAUAGUCCUAGAUCCUAUUCCACAUAUCUCAAGACUAGGCCUUCUUCAUGGGAACAAGCAGCUGUAAGAGAGCUCUUAACUGUAACGAAAGACACCAGGACUGGAGGUCCUGCUGAAGGGGCCCAUCUUCACAUUGUGCAUCUAGCUGAUGCCAGAUCCUCUUUAGAACUCAUAAAGGAAGCAAAAGGUAGCGGUGAUAGUGUGACAGUAGAAACAUGCCCCCACUAUUUAGCCUUUUCAGCUGAAGAAAUUCCUGAUGGAGAUACCCGUUUUAAGUGUGCUCCACCUAUUCGCGAUGCAGAAAAUAAAGAAAAACUGUGGAAAGCUUUAAUGGAUGGAGACAUUGACAUGUUAAGCUCUGAUCACUCCCCCACAGUUCCAGAACUCAAACUUUUCAAUGAUGGUGACUUCCUCAGGGCAUGGGGUGGCAUAUCUUCUUUGCAGUUUGUGCUUCCUGUAACAUGGUCACAUGGGCUUAAAUAUGGAAUAAAUUUGAAUCAAUUAUCUUCGUGGUGGAGUGAGAAGCCUGCCAAACUUGCUGGUCAGGAUUUAAAGGGGGCCAUUGCAGUUGGAUAUCAUGCAGACAUUGUUGUCUGGGAACCAGAAGUAGAAUUUGAACUCGAUGACAAUCACCCUGUAUACUUAAAGCAUCCGAAAAUCUCUGCGUACAUGGGAUCAAAACUCAGCGGAAAGGUCUUGGCAACAUUUGUACGAGGGAACCUCGUUUUCAAGGAGGGGAAGCAUGCUCCUGCUGCCUGUGGUGCCACAAUUUUGGCUACAUAG